UGACAUUUUAAUACCGUUUUGUUUUGAUUCAUCACUUGAUGGAAAUGACUUUUGAUUUAAAUUCAAAAUAUUAUUUAUUAUUUUUGACAAUUCUCAUAUUAUUGAUUAAAAAUCAUUAUUCAUUUGUAUAAUUGUAUACAUGAAAUUAUUUACAAAAUCUUUAAUUUACACAUGAAAUCAACAAAAUAUAAUACAAUGUAUGUGAAUAAAAAUCAAAUAUGCCGAUAAAUGUAUGUAUACAAUUUAUGUGUGUGUCUGUUACAACAGGAAAAAAGCAAGGAAAGAGCAAGAAAAGUAAUACAAAAAUUUCAGGAAAAUGUAAAAUCAAACACUAUGCCUGGUGGAAGACGUAAUGCUGCUAGUAGAAAUGGACAGAGUAAAUCCCAAGCUAACUUCUCUGUAUCUUCAAAUAUUGGUAUACGAAGUAAUAGUGGAGAAAGAACAGCUGGAAAUGGUGCAGAUGAUAAAAAGUCAGAACUUUGUGGAAUGAAAGCAUUAGUACCAAAACAUGUACCUAUACCAGUUGUACCUGUGGAUGGUCAUUUAACUUUUGAAGCGUUGUCUUUAGUUGUGUCAAUUAUUGCAGCUUCUUUACAAAUGCUUAAUUUGUAUAGAACUGUUUGGUGGUUACCUCAUUCUUAUAAUAAUUAUAGUAUGAAUUUCUACUUAAUAGAUCCUUAUUUGCUUGUAUUUAUUAUAAUUAUGGUUGCAAGGCAAUUUAUUUAUUCUUUAUUGCAUCGAGUUAUUGAUGUUUCAUCACCAGUUCGUUGGUUACCUACUGCUCAAAAAAUGAUGAGGAUAACUUUACUAAUCAUUGUGAUGAAUAUAUUAUGCUGGUGUCUUUACCAUAUGGCUGAACGACAUAACUCAAUGAAGAUUUUUUACUUAUGUUAUCCAAGUUUAUCUGUAUAUUUUGUAAUGUUUGGUAUAAGUGCAGCACCUUUCUUUGAUAUAUCGACACCUUUAUAUGGUAAAGAUGAAAAGAAAACAAAGUUUCUGAUGGACAAACCUUUACAUAAUUGUUCAUUAAAUGCAUCAGCAAUUAGAGCAGAAGUUUCAACAUUAAGGUCUGAUUUCAAUCGGCGUUUGAAACGAGCUUUGUUUGCAUCUUCUAGUAGUGCUUAUGUAUGUGGUAUUGCACCCAUUAUAUUUGUACCUCAACAUCUACAUUUUAAUAUUUCAUGGGUUGUGCAACAUGUUAUUAUGUUUUGGCUGGAAAGAAUAAGUGCUCACUUUUCACAUGCUUAUCCUGUCAGGUACUGUGAUGUUUUACAUAGAGCGGCAUUACACCUAGGUCGAUGGGUUAAAAUUGAAAAUCGCAAUAGUCAUACUUAUGCCCAGGUGUGGAAUGAUUCUAUUUUGUGGCCUCAUGGUUCAGUUGUGAGACAUAAUAAAGAAAUCUAUCGUUCCGAAGGCUUCUGUACUGUAGCAGAACCAGGAAAUUCAAAUCAUUACAGAUUUUAUGCUUUAUUUAGUAAUCCUACAAUGUUACUUUGUUCAAUAUUGGGCUUGCAACUUCUUCUUGUUUGUGCACAAUUACUUAUUUUACUACGCACAACUGAUUGGUAUCAAGUGUUAUCAAUAACAUUGCUUCUUGUGAUCAACUAUUAUACUUUAUUUAAAGUUACUAGAGACUAUCUUAUUUGUUGGAAAGUAUAUCAUGCAGAACAAAUAAUACAAGAAAAGUCGCAAAUGAUUGCAAAUUCUACUGUUCAAUAAAUGAUUAUUGAACAAAUUGUCGGUGUUAUUCUGUUUGCCCUUUCGAAACGACUAUUUUAACUUCAUUUUAUAAUUUAUCGGUCUUACAAAAUUAUUUCCUUAAACUAAAUUUUAUCACAAAUAGAAAAAAGGGUAAUAAAAAAUGCAAAUAAGGAAAUAAUUAAAUUAGAACGUGACCACUAUAUCGUGAUUUUGCCUUUGGAUCAGUGGAAAUCUGAAAAAAAAUGUGGCGCAAGAUUGACCUUCAAGAUCAAAUUGCAAUUUCACAUUAGUAUAUUAAUUAUUUAAUUGUUUAUGCCAGGAAAACUUACUCGUUUUAUUUACUACGUUUGUUAUUUUGUUUCAAAAACAUAGUUUGUUACAAUAUUUUUGAACUGUAUACUUGUUUUUUACUAUGAGCAACUAAAUAAUUUCCUAUAUGGAAUAACGAGAUGCAUCGAAUCAUACAUAAAGAAUUGUAAUUCUAUUUAAAAAAGUUGCAGUUUACCUUUUUAUAUCUUUUACGUGUCCACCUGCAAACAAACUAAUAAUAUCAGAUCUCUUUCUCGACGCCACUGAGCUUUUGCUUGAAAGAUUUUUUCGCUUUAUUCUAUUUAUGGUGAGCUACUUCUGCUAACGAAUAAUUUUCUCCUUUUUUCAUUAAUAUCUUGUUGUUUACAUUCUAUGUGAAUGUGAAAUGUAAGCAUUGUAAAUAAUAUCAAUGCAAGAGCUAAUGGAACUUUAUCAUCAUUUUUCAAGAGAACGGUGGAGUAGUGAUUUAUCAACAGUUUGAGACUUCUGUUCCUCGUGAGGAGUUUUAUACGAUGCAACAAUAAAGAAUUUAACUUAGAAUUUUAAGGUCAACGUCAAUUUUGCGGUAAAUUUUUUCAACAGAUUUCUGUGGAUCUAGAGGUGCAGAAGUACGCUAUAAUGACAUAAUGUAAAUAUAUACAUUCGUUUGUAAAUAUACAGCUGUUCUGUUGAUAAAUGGAUUGGUUUUAGUUUUAUUAAAUAAGUUUUAUUAAUAAUAAUUUUAUUAAACCGUUAUACCUAGAAACAUGAAAUUUUUUCUUUUAUGACGUAGACAUAGGAUAAUAAAGGAUUUUUGGAAAUAUCCACCCUAAAGAGAUACAAAGGGCGACAAAUUUUUUUUCAAGAGAUAGCCACAUUUCGCGUAUCACUACAGUUAAAGAUGUGGAAUUCGGCAUAUGAGCUCAUUAAAAAUAAACAAACACGUGUUUGAGUAUUUUUCGAAAUUCAACUUCAGAAUUCAAAUGAAUUGCAAUAUUCGUUUAUCAAUUAAGUACAAGCCUGUUAGAAAAUUAUUUGCAACUGUAACAGUGUAACAGGACAAAUAAAAGAUGCAAAAAAAUAAGGGAAAUAUCUAUA